AUGGCAUCCUUUAAUCUGAUUCGUAGCCUUUCUACCUCCGUCGCCUCUCGCGCCAUUAUUCGUCCCCCAACUCAGUAUUUCGGUGUUGACGGCCGCUAUGCCACCGCCCUCUACUCUGCAGCUAUCAAGUCAAAGAACCUUGAAAUCGUUGAGAAAGACCUUCUCAAACUCAAAAACACUCUCGCUACCGAUGCCAAGUUGAGUCACUUUUGUCACGAUCCAACCAUUAAACGGCAUGUCAAGGUCCAAGCUUUCUCCAACGUUCUGAAUAAACUUGGUCUGUCCAGUCAAGCCUUCAACAUGCUUCAACUUUUGGCACAAAACGGCCGCCUUGACAUACUUUCAAAGGUCCUGACCACUUUCGAACAGAUUAUGGUUUCCCAUCGUGGUGAGGUUUCCUGUGUUGUGACCACCGCUAAACCCUUGGAUCGUGCCACGGAACGUGAGUUGACCGGUGCUUUAGAAAAAUUCCUUGAAGCUGGUCAGAAACUACACCUCUCGCUUAAGGUGGAUCCAGAGCUCAUUGGUGGUAUGGUGGUUAGCAUUGGAGACAAGUAUAUCGACAUGUCGAUUCUGCGAAAACUGCGUUUUUACAAGGCGAUUCUGGAACAACCCGUGUAG